AUGGUGGAAGAACGGUGCGAGAUUUGUAAUGAGGACUACCAUCAGCUGAAGCAACUGAACUGUGACCACAGCUUCUGCCUGCCGUGCAUCGAGAAGUGGGUGGCGAACAACAGCGCGGUGUCAUGCCCGAAGUGUCGCCAAACGACUGUCCUCAGUGGCGCCGCCGAUUCUUUGAGAACCAAGUUCGCCGGCCAUCUGCGUUGUUUCCAGUGCUCGGCCAUGAAGGAGUUGGACGAUGCGUGGUGGUGCAAGGACUGCGUGUCAACUAUCUGCAGGUGA